GACUACGAAAACGAAAAAUAAUGAACUGCGGUAAGCUUUAUUUUAAUAGAAUUAAGGUACAUUAUAAACAGCAAGUACUCUUUGAUCAUAGAGAACAACUAAUAGCGGCUGUGCUUAAAAAGCGCGCAGCAUUCGCACGAGCUCAUCAGAUUGUUGUCGCACUUAUGGAACCACACAUAGACGAAAAGGAUUUUCUUGACAUGCUCGCUCAAAUUGGUCCAGAAAAUUACGCAGAUAUUGUUGAGGAACGACACAUUAACAAGCUAUGCGGUUAUCCACCUUGUGAUGUUGCUGUGGAAAACGUGCCGACCAAAAAGUAUCAAAUUUGUGGCAUUAAGAAUAAGGUGUAUGAUAUAACCGAACGGAAGAAGUUUUGUUCGGGCCAUUGCUUCAAAGCCUCCGAAUAUAUCAAGUCCCAAGUGCCAACUUCUCCGCUCUGGCUGCGUGACAAGGAACCCAAUCCAAACUUCAAAAUUUUGCCGCGUGAGAAUUUAAUUCGAACUGAAUAGAAAUUGUGACCCUUUCGUUUUGUCAAUGAUAUUUGUAAGUGUAUUUAUUAAACACCUAAGGGUUGUUCACUAUAGUAAAUAUAUAUUUUUGUAUGUGCGUUCAUUA